GUACUUUUACACAAGUAGUUUAUUCCAUAUAAAAAUAUAGCACCAAAACAACUCGGGAUUUAUAAUUUUAUAUACUCCGAGUCAAUUUCUAAGCUUCAAUAACACGAAAAUAAUUGGUUUUUUAAUCUCAUAAGUUUCCGAGUUAGCUAAUUAACCCAACCUCAAUAUUAAUUACCCAAAAAAAAUCCAGCAACAAUUAAGUUGCAAACGCAGCAAGGUUUUCAUGGAUUCAAAUCACUCAAUCGAUAAGCCCAAAAACAUCCUUCAUAGCCCAGAACUUCUUCAGUAUAUAUUGGAAACCAGUGCAUACCCAAAUGAGCAUGAACAACUCAAGGAAAUUCGACAUGCUACUGUUGAAAAAUAUCCUCAUUUGUACACAAUGAACGUUCCUGCUGAUGAAGCACAACUUCUAUCAAUCAUGUUAAAACUUAUGAAUGCCAAAAGGACAUUGGAGAUCGGUGUUUUUACUGGCUACUCGCUUCUUUCCACUGCCCUUGCUCUCCCUGAUGAUGGCAAGGUUAUAGCCAUUGACGUAAACAGAGAAGCCUAUGAGGUUGGAUUACCCUUUAUUAAGAAGGCAGGAGUUGAGCAUAAGAUUGAUUUUGUUGAAGGAACUGCUGUGCAAAUCUUGAAUGAUCUCCUAAACAAUGGUAAAGAAGGGACAUUUGAUUUCGCAUUUGUGGAUGCUGAUAAGAAAAACUACAAGAACUACCAUGAAGUGUUGUUGAAACUUGUCAAAGUUGGAGGAGCCAUUGCCUAUGACAACACCCUUUGGUUUGGUUCCGUUGCAUAUUCUGAGGAUGUUGAGUUUUUCGAAGAUGGUGAUCAGGAAAACAAGUCUUUUAGACAAAGUGUUCGCAGGGAUACGAAGGAAUUGAAUAGCUUUCUUGCAAGUGACCCUCGAGUUGAAUUUGCCCUCAUAUCAAUUGGAGACGGCGUUACUCUCUGCAGGAGAAAGAAUUAGCUAGGAGUGAUUUGGUAGGUGAAGGGGGCCAAUAUAUGACCUGAUCCACUAGGUCUGAUGCUUAAGUACGAGUUAAACAACACCCUCUGAUGCCUAUAUGCGUGUCUGUAAGAGCAGAUAUCAGCUGUAAUAAACUUAGUAUACGCGAGUAACUAAUCUAUGGCAUGAGGCUGUACUAGCCUUAUAACUAUGCCACCUAACCUGUGAGGCCUCCGAAUGUUUCGAAUAUAGGGACUAAUUAAGGCCAACAUGGAUGGGUUGAUCAUGAGGAGCGGCAAUUGCUGCUCUAACUCUCUAAGUACACAAAUAUAGCAUCUUGUAUCUAGUUAUCCCAGUAAAGUUUGACCAUGUUCAUGAAGAAGAAAGGGUAAAUAAUAAGGACCGAGUAGUCUAAGUAAUAA